AUGUUUUCAGCUAGUGCAGGUCCAGUAUCGGUGGCUGUCAAUGGUAAUUUGUGGCAGUUCUACGGUGGUGGAAUUUUUAACAACACAAAUUGUGACGACACUCUCAACCACGCCGUCCUUGCUGUUGGAUACACUAAAGAUCUAUUCAUCUUUAAGAACUCAUGGGAACUAGCUGGGGUGAACAAGGUUACAUCAGAGUUGCCCGUGGUUAUAACUUAUGCGGUCUUAACCUCCUGA